GGCGGCAGUUAACCCAUGUGCGCAUGCGCGUAGCACGAGUGCAAUUCUUACUUUUUAUUUGAGCUUAUUUUCGCCGCUGUGUUGGGAUGUUCCAUUAACCGAAUAAUAAUUCGCCAAAGCGUUCUUUAUUUUUUUCCACAUUUUUGAGAUGUUUCCCUCCAUGUGAGGAGUCGAGCGGCCGCGGUUGUUAUUUGCCUGCGCCGGAGGAGUCGGAGUAUGUCGACAAAUAAAACAAAGAAAGUCAAAAUGGCUACUAAAUCUUGUCCAGAAUGCGACCAACAGAUUCCCGUGGCGUGCAAGUCAUGCCCGUGCGGUUUCGUGUUUAUCAGCCGGAAGCUCCUCAAUGCCAAGUCAAACGAGUCCUCGCCGCCAAACGGAGCAGACAAUCUGGAAUCCAAGCGCAGGAGGACGGAGCGCAUCCGGAGAGACCGAAUGGAGUCUCCUUUAACCAACGACGUGGAGAACAGGAGACGAGCUCGAGCCAACAGCCAGUCGGACCCCAUCAGGAGGGGGCGGGGCAGACCCAAGACGGUGGGCCUGAAGAAGCAGGACGAGGACAAAGACAAACAGGAGAAGGAAGUGGACGUCUACGCCGGCCUCUCGGACGAGAAGGCCUUCGUCUUCUCCGUGGCGUUGGCAGAGAUCAACCGCAAGAUCCUGGGUCAGACGCUCAUCAUGUAGGGACUUUUCAGGACGCGGCCAGAAAGUCCACCAAAGAGAACUUGUGGAGAGACUGAUGUGGAAUUUAGGACAGUGUGAAGAAGAGGACGCACACCAUGCCUGUUUUGGAAAUAAACUAGCAAUGUUUCAUCUUUA